GUACUAUAUAGAACAGACUUACGGGGAAACCAAACAGAGAAAGAGAGAGAGAGGGAGAGAGUCAGCUACGCUUAAUAUUCAGCGUGCGCCGCCGGGGCUCUGUUUUCGGUCACAUUUUUUAUCGCAUUCCAUUCCUUCAGAGCCCCGAAGCUUCCGGCCACACACAGAGAGAGAGAGUCUCUGAAAAGUAUAAUUGAGAACCCACUAAAAACCCUAGACCUCUUCUCUAGUUUUCAAGACUUCUACGUUCAAAAACCAUCUCAAGGUGGUUUGGCAGAUGAGCUUCUGAACAGAGAAGUCACGUGCGUGGAAUUCAUUCAGGGCAAUUGUUAAUUCUUGGCAAAGAUUUUUGUCACAAGUGACAAACUUUACUCGAUUUAUUAAUUGAUUGGGAAAUCCCACUUCUAUUAUUUGUCGAAAAAUCAGUUUUUCGCCCCUCAAUCUCUUGCCUUUUUGUUAGACUAGUUUAGAUAUUUAAGUCAUUUAGGAAUGGCAACCACAAUGCAUUUACGCGGAGUCAGAACUCCUCACUCUACUUUUUCAAGGAGGCAUUUGCAAGGCCAACUUAUUCCCUCGUUAAAUCGUGUUCAUUUUACUAUAUCUGGGGCUUUGGGUUCUGGAUUAUGCGGUAGGACUGUGGAGAGUUGUUGUCGAAGUAGAGUUUUAAGAGUGAGUUGCGAGAAAAGAUCAGUUGAUUUGCUGGAGUGGAGCAAAACUGAGAAUCAAAGUUGCAACGGGGUAUUAAAUCAGCUGACAUGCGUCAUGAAGUUUGGUGGAUCAUCGGUGGCGUCAGCUGAGAGGAUGAGAGAGGUUGCUGACCUUAUUCGCAGCUUUCCGGAAGAAAGACCUGUGAUAGUUCUCUCAGCUAUGGGAAAGACAACUAACAAACUCAUAUUGGCUGGGGAAAAGGCUGUCAGUUGUGGUAUUUCUAAUGUCUCAGAUAUUGAGGAGUUGAGCUUUGUGAAGGAACUGCAUCUCAGGGCUGCUGAUGAGCUGGGUGUUGAUAGAUCUGCUGUUUCAACUCACCUAGAAGAAUUAGAGCAACUUCUAAAGGGAAUUGCUCAAGUGAAAGAGUUGACUUUACGCACCAAAGACUACUUAGUCUCAUUUGGGGAGUGCAUGUCGACUAGAAUUUUUGCUGCCUAUUUAAAUAAAGUUGGUGUUAAAGCUCGCCAAUAUGAUGCGUUUGCCAUUGGGUUCCUAACAACAGAUGACUUCACAAAUGCGGAUAUUCUGGAAGCAACUUAUCCUGCUGUUGCAAAGAGGUUACACAGUGAUUGGGUUAAUGAUCCUGCAAUUCCUGUCAUUACUGGCUUCCUUGGAAAGGGCUGGAGAUCUUGUGCAAUCACUACAUUGGGUAGGGGUGGUAGUGAUUUGACUGCCACAACCAUUGGUAAAGCACUGGGCUUGCGAGAAAUUCAGGUGUGGAAGGAUGUUGAUGGGGUUUUGACAUGUGAUCCCAACAUAUAUCCACUUGCAGAACCUGUCCCAUAUCUAACAUUUGAAGAGGCAGCAGAGCUUGCAUAUUUUGGUGCUCAGGUCCUGCAUCCGCAGUCCAUGAGGCCAGCUAGAGAAGGUGAUAUUCCUGUUAGGGUUAAAAAUUCUUACAAUCCUAAGGCUCCAGGUACCCUCAUCACCGGAGCACGAGAUAUGAGUAAGGCAGUACUGACUAGCAUAGUCUUGAAACGGAAUGUGACCAUGUUAGAUAUUGUAAGCACUCGCAUGCUUGGUCAAUAUGGCUUCCUUGCCAAGGUAUUCUCCACCUUUGAAGAUUUGGGUAUAUCAGUGGAUGUUGUAGCUACAAGUGAAGUUAGUAUUUCCUUGACAUUGGAUCCAUCAAAGCUCUGGAGCAGAGAGCUGAUUCAGCAGGCAAGCGAGCUUGACCAUGUUGUGGAAGAACUUGAAAAAAUUGCUGUUGUAAAUCUACUGCAGCAACGAUCAAUAAUAUCUCUGAUUGGGAAUGUUCAGAGGUCGUCACUGAUAUUAGAGAAGGUAUUUUGUGUUCUUCGCACUAAUGGAGUAAAUGUUCAGAUGAUCUCUCAAGGUGCAUCCAAGGUCAACAUCUCAUUGAUAGUAAAUGACAGUGAAGCAGAACAAUGCGUAAAGGCUCUCCAUUCUGCCUUCUUUUCAAGUGAUAGUUCGGACCUAGAUGAAGAAUGUGGAUCUCAGAACGGUUCAGUCUCAAUAUCCGCAAAUUGAUGUUGACUGGUUCCGAAUCCACCGUAAUUGAUGCCUUCUCUAGAUUUAGUAACAAUUUAAACCUAGAAGCCAACCCCCACCGCCCCCCCCCCCCCCCCCCCCCCAUUUCCAGAGUUUAAGCUGUAGUAUGGUAACUGCAAGUGUAUGUAACGUCUGGUGCUAUAUGUCUAGUAUCAGGUGUGUAUGUGCUUGUCUUCCAUGUUUUAGCUAGCUCUUGUUGUCUGUUGAUUAGCUUUUUAGCGUUGGCCUCUGUUGCUGGAUUGAUGACUCGGUUAGAUUUUAGUCUUUAUUUUAUUAUAUGGGAGAUUUCUUUCCCUCUGGUAA